AGUCCGAUUCGCCGCGUCUCGCUUCCACCGAAUCGUUAGUAUUCGGUCGAAUUCCGCGGUGGAAACGCUACUCUUUCGCAGACCAUGGACGAAGAAAUGCUGAUAAACCUGGUGAGGGAACACGGGGAGUUAUACGACCCGGCGCACAGACAGUACCAGCAGCUACACAGGAGGGAGAUGGCUUGGAAGAAGAUCGCCAACAAGAUGAAGAUGCAAGCACAUGAAUGCAAAGAAAGGUGGAAAAAACUGCGUGAAAACUACAGAAAAGCAAUUAAACUACGUCAAACACAAAAAGCCAAAGGCGUCACAAAACUUAAACGCAUCAAACACGCACACAUAAUGACGUUCAUAGAUGACCAGAAAGAAAUAGAAUAUGAAGAAAUCGAUACACAGGGUGCGGGGCAUUCCAAGAAAACAGAAAUAUAUGCUGUAGAACCUAAUUCAAUAGAUCCACUGGUCCUAGAAAGGAACUACGAAGGCCCUACUGCAGCCCCUAGAACUGACACAGUGGUAACAUUCUUCACUAAUUUAGGAGAGACAGUAAAAACGUUUCCGAAAGACGUCCAAAUACGUGUGAAAAGGGAUAUAUUUAAAAUUAUCAACGAGGCAGAAGAAGAAGUGGUGAUGAACAAAUUCAAUUGGUGAU